UCGAUGUAUCGAUAGUACCAUCGAUGGUCUUUCCAGCUCUAUAAUACAAAAAAAUUUUGUUUUUCCGCUUUUAAGAAAAGAAGUAUUCCCACACCAAAAUGAUAACGGACGUGCAAUUGGCAAUUUUCUCCAACGUAUUGGGCGUGUUCCUAUUCCUCUUGGUGGUGGCCUAUCAUUAUAUUAAUGCCAAUACGGGCAAAAGCAUCGGCCCCAAGGCAAAAUAACUUUAAUAAAUAACUUGUCUACGCUCUAUAUUACAAUGCUAAAAACAUUCGAUUCGAUAAAUAAAACUAAGUGAUUAAUCCAUGA